CAACUACUGGGGCGUCGGUGGCGCUUGUGUAGGAGACCGAAUCGCGGGAUUGGGACGUCUCCCUGUGGCACUAAAUUCCCAUACGUGUCCUCUACUCUUGUGAGGGGGAAGCGAUUCCGACUGAAGAGUGGCGUGAGUUUGCCGCAUAUUUCUGGGUGCAUACAGCAGUCUACGCAGCAAGCUUCACACCAACUUUGCAGCAUGUCUUCCAAGAUAGCCAAGCGGAUGAUGUCGAGGGUGGACGAGAUGGUUUCCAGGGCAUCGUCAGCCACCAAGCGGACGGACCUCUCUACGAGCAAGAAGAAGGCGGCGAAGCGGGCUCUACUAAAGGCGCCGUCAAAGCGAAAAGGCAGCGGCAGCACCAGCGUCACAACUUCGUCUAGCAGGAGUGUCACGAAGAAGAGCGCAAGGAAAAAAGCAGGACGACGGACGAUGGGCCUCCUCGACAAAGCGCGGCGGGAGCUACGUGGCAAGUCGCUGGUGGCGCGAAACGUUAGUCUGCUGUCGUACAGCUCCCGAGGAGAGGGGCGGGCCGCGGGGGCGGGGGUAGACAGCGGAGCGGCAAAGGUCGGCGGUGGCGUCGCCAGCAAGUCGCGAAAAGCCGUCGAGCAUCUUUUGCUGCUGGAUGCACGAAAAGCGGCCGGGAGAUAGAAACAUGAGGAUUGAGUAGGAUUGCACUUGAUUUAUGUGGUGAGAAGGAUGAAGAACGUGCACCCAACGGUUGGUAACCUUUUCAAGGUUGUCGUGCCGGUGUGUUAGUCUUGCCACGGGGUUCCUUGUCUUUGGUAAGGAGAAGCAGCCUACCAGCAGCGGCCGGCCGUCGUCAAGCCUCGUCACCGAUAACUGCAUAGAAGCACAGGUGUCGGGAGGGCUCGCGCAAUAAAGAGUGGCUCCCGCGACUUGCACAUUUAGUGCUGAAUGAUGCGUCAU